AUGCCAAGAAGUGCUAGAAAUGUUAAAAGCAAAACACCAAGAGCCUCAAUAGGCGUUUCAGACUGGGAAUCAAAACUUUGCGAUCUCAAUUUGGACGAUGAAGUAUGGAAAAUGUCACUGUCCAUUCUUUCACCAUCACUAUUAGCGGAAAAUGAGAUCAUAUCAAUUUUAGCAGCAAGCAUCGUCAAUGGGCAGCGUCAAAGAUUCACGGUAAUAACAUAUGAAGAUGUUCUGAAUCAAAUUUUCACUCAAUGUAAAGCCAAAAGUCAGAAGGAUGCUCCAGAAUUUUUUGAGAUAUGCAAUGUGGCUAAAAAUGCCAUUGAAACCGUCGAUGAAUUAAAUCCACAGACACUUUCAAAAGUUUUGAAGUUUAUGUUCAACAGCAUAAAAACACUGGACAUUAAGCAGCAGUCAUUAAGAAAAUCAAUUCCGAAGACUAACCAUAUGGAGAAUACUAAGAAGAAAGAAAACCCAAAAGAUAAAAAAUCUGUUGCCAAAGUCAUAAAAUCACAAGAGCCACCAGUAAACAAAGAGAAAAGUAAACUUUAUAAACGUGGGGAAGAAGCAUUAGAAGAGAAAUACCUGGGUGAUGAACCAGAUAAUGGAAUCAGUCGAUAUAUUCUUCUUGUUAAUUUUGAAAAAUGUGGACUUUUAGAAGAGUUAUGUCGUCUAAAAAUAGACAUCCAUAGUAUUAUACGUUUGCAUGUAAAUGAUCAAAAGCAACUUCAAAUAUUAAUCACCAAACAGAAGGCUGAAAAAAUGUGGGGUUCCAAAGGAUCUGAACAAGAUUUAGAACAGAUGAGAUCUGAAGAGGAGGCAUUAUUACUAGCAGAAGAACAAUUAAGACAGUACUGGCGUACAACUAGUAUUCUGAUGCGAGAUCAUGUUUAUGAUCGUUUAGGAAAUAUUGCUACGUUAGAUUAUAAUGUCAAAACAGAAUUACUUCCUGAUGACCUUAAUGGGGCAGAAAACAGGGCAUCUUUUGGAGCCACGAUGUUCAAUGAAAUAUCUACUAUUCUGUAUGAUCUGAUAGACUUUAGACGCCAAUGGAAAAAUUAUUUAGAACAUAUAAAAGUCAUUCAUUUACCUAUAUGCCCUCCUUUAUUGAAUGAAAAUGAUUCCGUAAGUAGCAACCAACUGUUGAAAAUGUCUAAACCAGCAAUCGGUUUACAUCCAGAUAAUAUGGAUAAACCUGCAAUAAAAUCUGAAGAUUGUGGUGAUAUUUUAGCGGAAGACUUCGUUGAUAUGAGGUUUUAUAAUGAAAUACUCCAAGGUUUGCCAAUCGAAAGUACUAGCGUUGAGCUAAUACUUCAUGCCGUAUUAGAACAGGUUAUUGCUAAUGAAAAUGAGAUUUUACCACAGGCAGCAUUAAUUAAUGAGAAAGCAAAAAAUGAGGGAUAUGAUCCACAUAUUUCUAGAAAUAUUGCAAAUGAAGUAGAUAAACUGUUCUUAACUGAAGAAGAGAGAGCUGAAUUAAGUGAAGAAAUGUCAUUACACAAAAAAUCAGGUAAAUCUUCUUUGAAUACUUCACCAAUUAUUAUACUUCAUCCGUAUGAUGAAAAUCGAUAUAAAACAUUGUUUACAGCACAUAAUAAUCAAAAUAAUGAAGAGUUAAUGAAUUCUGAAUUGAAUUUAUACAGUCAAUUAUUUCCAAGUAUAUUUAAUAAUACUUGUAAAGAAAAUACAAAAUUUGAAUGGACAUCAGAAUUACAGCUUGAUAAAAGUAAUAAAGAGAAAAUUGGAAAUGAAAUAAUCGAAGAAAGUUAUAAGCGAAUGAAAGAAUUGAGAUUUCAUCAAAUUAUGCAGUUUGCUGAAAAGUUUGGAUUUACACCAGAAGAGUUUAAGCAUUACUUUAGUAAACUUCAACUAGAAAGUUUACAGAUAUGGAAAGCUUAUUCAACAAGGAAACAGUUUCAACAAUCUUUAAAUAUGAUUCAACCACUAGAUUCCGCUUGGGAGACAUUACCGAAAAAUCACAUCAAUCCAACAAUGGAUCAAUUACUUGAUGAUAUUAACAAAGAUAAUAAUCAGCUCAAAAACACAGCAAUACCAUUCGAUGAUCCAUACUUAUUAUAUGAAAGUUUAUCAGUUUUAUUUACUCAAAUUGAAUAUGAAAUAAAUAAAAUGCGGAAAUUUUCUCUUGAAAAUGAAAUAACCAGUGAGAAACAUCAACAUAAUUCAAUUUAUAAUUCUUUAUCAACUCAUUCAUCAUCAUCAUUAUUAUCUGCACAACAACGUAGCCGAUCAUUAUCAUCAGAAUCAUCUGUAAACCGAAAGUCAUCAUUAUCAACCAGACAAAGUACACGAACAAGUCAAAAAGGUACUGGAUCCCAUACUACUCCAACUUCAAUAGAAUCUGCAUCUAGAUCUAAAUCAGUUAGUAGUAGACGAAGUUUAUCAGCAGUUCAUUUUGAUGUACCUAGUAAAAGCAUCACUCAUGAAAUUAAAGAUCAAAAAAGCAAAUUUAGUCGAUUAACUUUAUUUGCUCAAGAAUUACAAGAAAUAUUAAAACAACUUCAUAUAAACAAUCAGAUACUGGUUUCAUUUGAUAAAGAAAAAAAUAAAAAUAACUCUGAACACCCGUUUGAAGCAUAUAAAGUAUCACAGGAGAAUUUCGGUACACUUCUAAAUAAAGCUAAAAAUAUCCAUCUAGAUGAGUGGUCAGUGGAGGAGAAAUUAGAACCGAAUGUAUUAUUACAGAGAUUACAUUCAUUAAAUUAUGAAAAACCUUAUUUGGAUGUUUAUAAACGUUUGUAUGAUGAUAGUUUGUUUAUUAUAUCACAUCAUCCAUUUGAUCGGACUAUUCGUUCAAAUCAUUACACGUGGUGUAGUUGGUUUCAUGUGAAUAAAAUAGGUUUUAGACCGUAUCUACAAUUGAUUGAAGGACAUAUUCGAAAUUGGACAAGAGAACAAGAGGCAAUUUAUGAAGCAGCUAAAUUAAGCGCUGAAAUAUUACAAACUGAUGAUAUUAAUGGUUCAUCAACUGAACAAUCUCCUACAAAACCAAUUAAGAAAAAUUCUCCUAAAUCUCAAAAAGGUGCAAAAUCUAAACGUAAUCGUUCAAUCAGUGGAUCAGAGUCAGAAGAAAGUAUAGUACAAAAUGAAAUAAAGUCAUUAUUAGGCGAUCCAAAUGAAUUUAUUUUACCGGGAUCAUUGAAAGCUGCACAGAGAGAUCAGGAACGGGCUAAAUUGAAAAAAGAUUUGGAAGAACGUCAAAAAGAAACUAAACGUGUCAAAUCAGCCAAAAAGCCUACAGAAAGAGAAAUUUCUCCUACAGAGAAGAGAAAAACUUCUGGUAAGCGCAAUAAAUCGCCGCAUCCCAAGUCACCUGUUCAGAAGAACGAUCAAAAUGAUGAGUCGAUCCAACAACAACAGCUCAGAACCAAGAGAACAAGUAAUGAAUUUUGGCCGUUUACUGGUUACGAUAUUUCCAACUUGCUACCACAUAUAACUGGGGAAGUUACUCAUAUGUUCCCAACUGAUGGAGGUACAAUUAAAACACAGAGAAAUGAAAUUCCAACAGGUCAAGCAAAUUUACGAGUAAGCCUUAUGAAAGAUGGCCAUGUGUUUACUAUUCAUAAAAUUGAUGGUCCACCGGAACCGAAUAUUCCAUAUGAACAUCCUAAUGAAAUGAAAUUAAAUGAUCAAGAAAAUGAGGAGGGAUGUGAUGGCUUAAAAACGUUUACAUCACCAGAAUUAUUCAGUUCGAUUACAGCUUGUUUUUCUGAUGGCAUCUGUUUGGCUGUGUCUAGAGUGAACAAAAUUGAUCCACAACCUAAUCCGAAUUAUCAAAUAGAAUCUAAUCAACUGAAUAAAUUUAGCAAAAAUAGUGAUAGUGAUAAUAACAAUGACUGCCGAAUCAGGCCAAAUUCUGUCAAUUUGAAUGAUAACAGUGAAACUACACAAAAUAAACCAUUUCAACAUUCCAUACAUCUCUCCACACCUGACGGUGCACAAGUAGCUGUUUAUCAUUGUGUCAAUGAAGUUUCAAAUCGUGCGAUUGAUGAGUGUGCAGAAGAAAAUAUCCCUUCAAAAGAAGCAUUAAUUAAUCCAGAAAGUAAAUGUCAAACAAACGAUGGGCAAAAUAAUGUACUUUUAAACUCACAACAUAGUAUAUUAUUGAAGUUAUCGUCAGCUAGAACUUGUAUCAAUGAUAGUAUCAACAUCGAUGACUUGAAAAAAAGGUCUGAUAAAGAAUACGAAGUUACACGAUUUAUCACAUCCGACGGUAUAGUGAUACAAAUUUUAAUGCCCAGUUGCACAUCAUCUGCCUUAUGCGCUAUCAGGAUUCUUUACCCUGACGGAGCAAUUAUAGAGCGUGGAACAACAGUUGCCGAAGAAUUAAGGAGAAAUGAAAAUCCGCAAUUUACAUUGAGUAAUCCACAAGAAGAAAAACAACAAGAAAUUAAUAUUCAGUCGGAACCAGCAAUGCCAAGUGCACUCCAAGUAAUUAAUAUACAACCAAGAAAAUCAUCAUAUAAGAGGAAAAGUUCCAGGAAAAAAAUUGAAGAGAAAAAAACCGAAGACGAUGCUCAUAAUGAGACAUGCCUAGUUUCUACUGACAUCGCAACCGCUUUGACUCCAUCCAGUACACCGAGAUCAACAACUAAUGAUUCAGACGAUAAUUUACCUUGGUUAAUUACCCUUCUGUCUGGCGAGCGGUUUUGGUUCAAGUUAAUCAAACCACUUACAAAUAUCGGUAGUUCAGUUGAAGAUACUCCAACAACAAAUGCGUCAGAUAGUGUAUCACAUGAGUCAGUGAACUUAGAUACUCUAAGUUCUAAACGCUUAAAUGAUGCAGUGAAAUAUGAAACAUAUCCGAGUAAACCAAUGGAAUCGUUCCGAGCCUAUGAUCCAGCCACUGGAGAAACAUUAUAUACACGGCCUGAAGACAAUUUAAUUGCUGUUGAACCUCAUCCAGAUAGUCCAUUCAAGUUGAUAGUACAACAUGCAGAUGGUACACGAUUAACGCAAAUCUUACUGGCAAAUGAGAAGCUGAAUGAUGAAUGCAAUUCUGUAGAUUUAAAUUCAAAUGCCAACAAACCUCAAAUGUUCAUUCGUACAGAGUGUGUCGGAUUUCCUGCUGUAAUAUUAAAUAAAUCAACCGGCGAGUUUGAAAUAUCUUUAUUUGGUAAAAGUCAGUUUUCAUCAACAUUUCACUUCACUCCGAAAGGUCAUCACAUAUUACAGCAUUUCAAUGGUGGUCAGUUAAAUAUAAAUCCAGACAGUUCAGUAUAUUACACUAGCCAAUCUCUGGAGAUAGUCAAUCUCAAUGAACCAACUGUUUAUGAAAUGCGAUCUAAAGACAUGGAAAGUUUGUUGGAGUGCACUGAUCCACACAAAAAUGUCUACACAGUUGACAACUGGGCAAAUUGUAAUGUUCUUUUAACUGUAGGUAAUAAAAAACAUACUGUUGAUGAAGACUUAAAUACUGAAGUCAAUCAAAUUUAUUCAACUGAAUUAACAAAUGAAAACAAUCAACAAAUUGAAGAUUCCUUUCACACUGUUUUACAGAACAAAGACAAUGCUGACAAUAAUGAAAUUAAUGAACCUCAUAAUAAUGAAAUAUCAAAUGAUGGUUGUUGUUUAUAUGAUGAACACAUACCGAGAUUAUUUUAUUUUGAUCCAAUUAAAAGAAUAGCUAUUGAACUCAUACAUCAUGAAGAAUAUAAGUGCUUGCUUCGAAGAGCUCAUAAUAUUCAAUCACCUCGUCAUCACAUAAAUAAAUUGACAAUGGAAGAAAAGUUGAUGUAUAUGAAUACGAAAAGUCAAAACACUUCAAUAUCAGAUAGUGAUUUUUAUGAAGGUUUAUACUUAAGAGAACCAAUGCAAAAUAAUCCCAAGGUCUUCGGCCUGACACUGAUGAAGUCAAUAUCCAACAAUGAAACAGGAAAAUACUACGUUCAAGAAAAUAUUAUUCCUGAGGGUUUGAGCAGUCGAGAUUUCCAGACUAUAACACAUUCAUCAAAUUCAAACCCGCAUUCAGAUAUUCGAAAAUUAGGUGAAAGAGCCGGCAAAGGUCUAGAUAUCAUUAUGCCAUCUUUGGAAUAUCUUGGUUUAAAGCUUCCAGAAACAAACGUCACCCUUCUACCGGCACAAAAAGGCAAAUCGAUAAAACGCGAGAAUCAUAAAUUUAAUGCUUAUUGUCAAGCUCUUCAUGCGAAUGUAAGACGCUUUACUGAAUUCCCAUUAAUUACAUCCGAAAUUAAUCAAAGGUUUUUAGGUGUACUAUCCGCUUACACAGAAUACUACCUCAAUCGUUUAAACGAAUGGUGCAGUCAGCAACCAACAAGAUUAUCAGAAAUUAUGCAAUCUGAAUUAAGAUUGUUCUUGGAUCCAAUACCAACUGUAUCAAGUGUAUUAUCUAGAAAUAAGCAGAUAUCAGAUCCAAUUGAAAAUGAGAAUAUAACAGAUGUAUCCAGUUCCCCUAGUCAACAAACCACUGUCAGUCAAGAAAUAUCUCAACCAACUAACAAAUAUUCGCCAGCUAGACAAGAAGCAUUCAAACUAUUACGUCAAGAGAUUGAGAAAGCAAUGAGAGAUAGAGCAGCACUUAGGAGUACUCAUACACCUAACUACUUUCGGUCACAGGAAGGAAUCGGAUUUUUGCUGUCACAAAUCCCCGAUGUGAAAAAAUUGUCUAAAUUAGUGCCAGAAUUAAGUAAUCUACCAAGUCGAAAUCCCAAACAAAAUGAUAAAUCAACCUUAACAGAACAAUCGACUCUAAUUCUUAGUGAUUCUCCACCAAAUAUACCUAGUCCAUUAUUAAGAACAAUAGAGAAUGAUAAUGAGUUGGUCACGGAGAAAAUAACAGGAAAUACAAAUAAUGGCCAUUUAACUAUGAAUAAACUUAUCUAUAAUGACGGUUAUAAAACUGGAAUCAAAAUGUCAACUAGAGAAACAACAAAAAAAUGUUUUUAUUAUUAUGAUAUUGACCCGUCGCAACUUAAAAUAAUUGACAAUCACAGUACUCAUGUGCCUUUGGAUGCUGUCGCCUUGGCUAAACAAAAGCAACUUCGAGUGCCAAAGUAUUUAUAUGCUAAAAGACCCAGUUUGCCUAAAUGCAAUAACGGGGUAAAUGGAAUUAGCCAUGCCACAAAUUUCAAUGUAAAACAAGCACUUAUUGAAGAUCCUGUACGUCGUCGAGCCUUAUUUACAAGUAUUAUUGGCGGUCCACCGUUUGGUCAAUUUUCACUUAGACGAAUGCGUGGUUUACGUCUAACACCAAGUCGCAUUAAUGUUGGUGUGCUACCAUACGGUGCAACCCGUAGUUUUUCAGUGAAAUUAGUAAAUUGGGGUCCGGAAACAGCAUAUUUUAAAAUUAAACAACUACCAAUUCAAAGUGGAAUACGUGUUUUUUAUACUCCGGGACCAAUUCCAGCAGGCUUAUCUCGUCGAUUAGCAAUUGAAGUAUCGAAUCAACAUCAGGACCGACUGGAAAGCUACCCAUCUAAUCAACAGAUUGAUGACCGAGGACUACAACAGACAGCAAACCAUGAUGCACCGAAGAAAUCCUGCCAUUCAAAUAUAAAAUGGGAUAUCGAUAAAUAUAAUGAAGAGAAUUUAAAAGAUAUUGAAAAUGAUGACUAUAACAUUGACAAUGACGAAUUGAAAGAGAAAUUAAGUAUAGACGAUAAAAUCAUCACCUUCUCGGAACAUCUUGAAAUAACUACUGACACACAUAUAUUGUAUUUGUUAAUAACAGGUGGCCGAAUUGAAAAUUAUAGUUCAGUACAGUCUUCAAUGCUUAAUGCUAGUGAAGAUAUCAUCAAACCGAGGUUUAUUCAACCUCUCAUGUCGUAG